AUGAUAGCACCUACCGAGCCAACGGAAGGGAACUCGCGCGCUAGUGUAUUGGAAUUUGACGAGGAGGGCUACGUGGAAUCAGAAGAUGAAGACUUCGAUCCCAGUAAGCCUGCUGAUGAUGACAAAGAGGAAGAGCUGAGCGACAAGAGCGAUGGCGACUACCAAGAAGCAGACGAGGAGGCAGAGAAGUACGACUAUUCGCAUAUUGAAAGCAGCGAGGGGGGGCUUGUGAGCACCAGAAACGCUCGUCGGCUGCAGCACGAGCGGGAGCAGCGGGAGAAGUACGAGCAUUUCGAGAUGCAGGGUGUGUCUUCUCGCGCCGGAGAACUGUGGGCGCAGCUUCAGGAGGAAAGCCAAGCACGGCUACAUGAUACGAGCUCCGUGAUGCAUGCGGGGGGCGAAGCGGGCAAGGACCGGAUGCAGGAGGAGCAAAUAAUGAUUGAGCGUGCAUACUGGUUCGCUGGAGAGAUGGUACGGGAAAAGAAGAUGGUUCUAAAGUCCAGUGCAGAGGCGCAAGAGUAUCUCAACUCGUUGAAAUUCAAGCCCAAGGAGCUUGUUCCCUCCACUAUGCAGGAAAUGGACGGUGGCAGUAAGUUACGGAGGCCCCUUAAGAGGCCGCCGAUUCUGGAGCAGAUUAUCGCUGGUGCGCUCAAACCGAAGUUAACGACGUUGGAGAAGUCGAAGUUGGACUGGGCAACGUAUGUUGAUAAAGAGGGUAUCAAUGAGGAGUUGCAGUUAUUCAACAAAGACGGUUACUUAGCAAAACAAGACUUUUUACGCAAGGUAGAUGGGAUCCAGAAUGAGCAGUACAAGGAACUGCGACGCCAAGAGUUGCAAAAAAACGGCGCACAAGGCAUGUGA